CCGGACUUCGAUCCUGGUGCCUACGCUCCGGUCGGCGUCUCAGGAGCAGGCGUGUCGGAUGGCCCGACGGAGGGAGAUCAACGAGUUGACGAUGCGGAUGGGCGUGGGUGCCGUUGGCGGCGUGCUCCAUCGGACGCACGGCUUGCCAGACGGGUCCUCUGCGGACGGCUUGGCCGUAGGCGAAAAGUCGGCCAGCGAUACCGACGCCAAGAAGAUGUGGGAGGACUGGGGCAACCGCAUAGAGAACUGGUCCGCUGUGAAGCAGAUCGCGGAUCAAGCGGUCGGGAACAUGAUAUCGCAAGGCUCAGCGGCGACAUCUGGCGCGAAGGCGGGCACUCUCGAGACGGUCGUUGUUGGGUGGGGAGAUAUACAUAGAGCUUGGGCUGCUCAGCGAACUUCACAUGAUAUUCGCAAGGCGUGGAUGCAAAAGUCUUAUGUCAAGUCGCCUCGGGAGCAAGAAGAGGCGGACGAAGACGGGGACGAGGGCAAGACGGCCGAAGGGACGGACGAGGUCGUCGAACGCCUCAAGCAGGAUCCCGAGCUCGAUUCUCAUCAGCAGGAGUUGUUGGGAUGCAUCGUCGACGCAACCUCUAUGCCGACGUCUUUCAGCCAAGUGCAUCUGCCCACUCAUACAAUCGAUGCCAUACGGACAAUGGUAUCGUUACCGCUUUUGCACCCCUUAGCGUUCCAGCACGGUAUCUUGAAGGAGCACGGCAUGACUGGGUGUCUGCUCUUUGGGCCCCCAGGAACCGGCAAGACGCUCGUCGUUCGAGCCCUCGCAAAGGAGGCGGGAUGUCGGAUGCUCGCCAUCUCGCCCUCGGACGUCAUGGACAUGUACGUCGGCGAGGGCGAGAAACUCGUGCGCGCUGUCUUCGCGCUGGCUCGGCAGCUGUCGCCGUGCGUGGUCUUCAUCGACGAGAUCGACGCCCUCUUCGGUGCGCGCUCCUCUGCGCGCGCGUCGGGUGGGGCCAUCGCGCACAGAGGCGUCAUCACGCAGUUCAUGCAGGAGAUGGACGGUCUGAGGUCAUCCAGGGAGGACAACGUCAUCGUCAUCGGCGCGACGAACAGACCGUUCGAUCUCGAUGACGCAGUGCUCCGGAGGUUGCCCCGCCGACUGCUGGUGGACCUUCCUGGCGAGAAGGAGCGCGAGGAGAUCCUCAAGAUCCUUCUGCGUGACGAGUCGCUUGCGUCAGACAUUGAUCUGAAGGCGCUCGCGCAGCUGACUGGGAGCUUCUCGGGCUCGGAUCUGAAACAUCUGUGCGUUGCUGCAGCUCUGGAUGCUGUGAAAGAGAACGUCGUCGUUCCGUGGGCACUGACAUCGCAGGCCGGACCUGUUCAAACGUCGCCAGACAAAGUGCCCGAGAGUGUCCCCGCUAUCGUGGCCGACGUGAACGUGAAGGAGACGGAGCCUGCUGAAGACGCGGCAAAGGAUGCGCCGCCGAAGCUCGCGGCACCGGCCGAAGCCUCGCCGCCCCCUGCGUCCAGUCGCAUCCUCCAUCUGCACAAUUUCACAAAGGCACUGAAGGAGAUCACGCCCUCCUCUUCCGAGUCCCUCGGCAGCCUGGCCGAUCUUCGCAAGUGGAACGAAGAGUUCGGCGAGGGGCGCAAGCAUCGCAAGCGGCAGGUCUGGGGCAAGGAUCGGUUCGGGUUCUCACACCGGCUGGCCGAGCCCCCGUCAGAGGAGGGCAAGGUGGCUGCGCCUGGCAGUGUACAGGGUAUGGGUCCGAGUGUAUGAUUGAGAUUGUAAUACAUUGGUAUUAAGAUAGACGUCAAUGCUUCGUGACUUUAA